AUGUUACAACCCGAUUCCUGUGCGUGUGGGAUGAACAAUUUACAAUUGUUUGAAGUCCCUCCCACUAAUAUUGCUUUAGAAGACUCGAAAUGGGAAGAAUAUUACCCUAUUUCCAGUACUUUAGAUUCCGACACCGCUCCCAUCGAAUUUGAAAUUAAAGGACAAGGAGAUCACCAUCUGGAUUUAUCUCAAACUUAUCUUCAAAUGGUAUGUAAAUUUACCAAAGACGAUGGAAGUAAUCUGACUGGGGCGAACAGCACUUCGAGUCCCGUGAAUAAUAUCUUACAUUCCAUGUUUACGGAAAUCGAUGUCAGUCUGAAUGGAAAAAUAGUGACUCCAGGGACGGAUACCUAUCCUUACAAAGCUUAUCUGGAGAAAUUAUUAUCUUACCGACCCAGAACAUUAAAGACACAGGCGAGGGCCUGUAGUCUGUGGGAAAAAGAUACGGCAGGACAUAUGGACGAAGUGGGGUUAGAGGCUCUUGGUGUAGCUCAAAAUAAGACCUUUGAUGUAACUAAAGGUUCAAGUAAAGACACGGUGACCAUUGACGAACCCAUCCUCACAGCGUUACCAGUCAAUUCUAAAAACGAAGGAUUCCGAAAAAGACACCAAGCUAUUGCUGACAGUAAGAAAAUCAGUUUGCUGGAUCGUUUACAUCUGGAUUUGUUUCAACAAGAUCGAUUUCUACCUAAUGGAGUGGACGUCCGUUUGCGAUUUAAUCGAGCUAGACCUGCUUUCUACAUGAUGAUCAAAGGAGGAAGUACAGGAAAAGUGAAAAUUUUGAGUAUGGUCUUGUGGGUGAGAAAAGUCAAACCCACACCAGUCAUGAUGAAUGCCAUUAAUCAGAGUUUGAAUACCCACAGAGCCAAAUAUCCCUUGAGAAGAGUGGAAGUGAAAACCUUUACCAUCCCCACAGGAACUCAGUCUAAGAUUACGGAUCAUCUGUUUCAAGGCCAGAUGCCUAAACGGCUCAUUUUAGGCUUUGUGGAGAAUGCCGCCUUUUAA